GUAAUACAUCCGUGGGAUUGUAAGCUUUGUACUUUACUUAGUACACCCUUUUCUCGUCGUUGCCCUAUACCUUCUCUAGCUGAUCCCGGUUCAUAUUUCCAACCUUGCAAAUCGUCAUUAAUGACCGAAGACAGAACUAAUUUAAUCCGUCCUGGACUUUGGGUAAAUUCCAAAUAUCUUGAAGAUGUGAAGAAGAGGUUACGAGCCAAAGUCCCAAAAAUAAGUUUAUAUGAUAUUCGAAUCGAUCGCCUUUCCCACAAUGAAGCUAUCAUCCACGAUCUCUACGAAGGUGGCUAUAGGCAAUCGGCCCAGUUCAUUGAGGAUUUGAUCAAGAUGGAAGAUGAAUAUGACAAAUCGAAAAAAAUAUCGCAAUUGUAUCUGAAAGUGCAAGCUGGAAAGAAAUGUCUCCUAACUAUUGCUGAGUAUUUUAAAAAAGCAGAACUGAAGCUUCACGAAGGCGAUAAAGUGGGUUCCAUCGAAAAAAUCCUGAAACUCGCUGAACAUUUGGCCCGAGAGGAACAGCAAUUGUGGAUUGUUGAGCAAAUAUAUCUGGUGACAAUUAGGGCGACAAAUGUUUACAGAUUGGAUGGUGGUUUGCUGGAGGCACGAGUUCGAUAUUACUAUGGACGAUUUCUGAUUGAAAAGUGUGGUCUAUAUGAUGUUGCUUACGAGACGCUGAAAAUUGCUUAUCAAAUGUCGGUUGCGAGGGAAUGGAGAAUUGAACAAGGAUUAGGCUUGGGAAAAGAUUUAUGUAAAGAGGUCAACUACUUACUAUUCCUGUGCUUGAGUGCGAAGGAAUCGAAUGAAAAUUAUGGCGUGGCUUUGGAAUAUUCCAAGAAGGCCCUCAAACAUGCUUUGGCUUCGGAAAACAAAUUCAUUAUACCCCGAGCAUACAUAGAACGUGGAGAUAGAGAAAUGGAUGCCAAAAACUACACCGAAGCUACGAAUUUCUACAGCAAAGGGAUCACGUUUGCCCAAGUAAGCAGCCAGUCGGACUACAUCUGCAAAGGAUACCUCAGGAAAGGAUACGCGCUUCUAAAGAUGGGUUAUGUAAGCCGAGCAACAAGUUUCGCCAAAUUAGCAAAAAGAGCUGCAGAGGAGAGUGGCAGCCAAUUUUACCAGGCAAAGGCUUACAUGCUAUUUGGAGAAAUAGCGGUUAGUCGGGCUUUCAUGAGCAUCGCAGGAUAUAACUUCAUGUUGGCGGUUGAUAUUUUUAGUGAAUUGGGUGAGGAUAAACUUGCCCAAGAGGCUCGUUUCCUUGGAGCCUUUGCAAUGAGUCACAUUGUCCUGGAAAAAUUGGUUGAAAUUAUACGAAAAUCUGAUCAGGACUAUUCCAGCGAGUGCUUCCACAGGCUGGAACAAUGGAAGGAACGUCGAACACCCUUUUGGGAGUCCGGCGAUGAAAGUUGCACAAUGAAAAAAAUAACUGAUGGCAGUACGGAGGUGGAUAGGAGGAAAUCAUUGUUUACUGAUUUUGGGUUUUAUGAGAGCUUCCCAGGACUGGAGAAGAAGGAAUCUGAUUCGGCUGUUACAACGAAUUGUCAUAAACAUUUAUUCGAAAUGUUUAGAGAAUUCAUCUCUACAUUCUAAGUAAAUUGAAAAGUAUAUCGGCACCUGAAUAAAAAAAAGAAAAAAUAAA